AUGGAGUGGGCGACUCAGAUAGAAAGCCAAAUGCACACUGAGACUGGGGCCUCGGCUGAGGCUGCUGGUUCUCGGGGCCUCGGCUGCAGCCUCCGACACUUUGCCUGCGAACAGAAUCUGCUCUCCCGACCGGAUGGCUCAGCCUCUUUCUUGCAAGGUGAUACCUCCGUCCUGGCUGGUGUGUACGGGCCAGCCGAGGUGAAGGUCAGCAAGGAGAUCUUCAACAAAGCCACAUUGGAGGUGCUCCUGAGGCCGAAGAUCGGGCUGCCAGGAGUAGCCGAGAAGAGCCGGGAGCGGCUGAUCAGGAACACCUGUGAGGCAGUGGUUCUGGGGGCGCUGCACCCCCGCACCUCCAUCACCGUGGUGCUGCAGGUGAUCAGUGAUGCUGGCUCUCUCUUGGCCUGUUGCCUGAAUGCUGCCUGCAUGGCGCUGGUGGAUGCAGGCGUGCCCAUGCGAGCCCUCUUCUGUGGGAUCACCUGUGCCCUGGAUGAUGAUGGGAAUCUUGUGCUCGAUCCCACAGUCAAGCAAGAAAAGGUGGCCCGGGCAAUCCUGACCUUUGCACUUGACAGUGUGGAGCAAAAGCUGCUGAUGUCCACCACCAAGGGGCUCUACUCCAAUGCUGAGUUCCAGCAGUGCCUGGUGGCAGCCCAGACUGCCUCACAACAUGUCUUCCGCUUCUACCGGGAAUCGCUGCAGAGACGUUACUCCAAGAGCUGA